CCUCGAUUGAACAAAUAGUUUUGGAAGUGGCUAAUUUUGUCAUUAAAAUUUUAUAUUGUUGAGACAGAUUUUUAAAUAAUAUACACACAAUAUGGCAGCACUGUUUUCUUGUACGAAAUGCCAUAAUAGAUAUCCAUUUGAUGAGUUAUCUCAAGGGGAACAGUUGUGCAAAGACUGUAGAAAUAACUUUCCUAUUGUUAAAUGUACCUACUGCCGAGCUGAGUUUCAACAACAAAGCAAAGGGAGCACAAAUUCAAUAUGCCAAAAGUGUGCACAGAAUGUGAAGACAUUUGGAAAGCCUUCGGCUUGUGAAUAUUGCAACAUCCUAGCAGCUUUCAUUGGAAACAAAUGCCAGAGGUGCACAAAUUCAGAAAAGAAGUGGGGUCCUCCUUCAACGUGUGAGCAAUGUAAACAGCGGUGUGCAUUUAAGCGAGAUGAUGAUUCUGCUAAAAAGCUCAAUGGAAGAUUUCUAUGCUGGCUUUGCACAGUGGCUUAUAGACGUGUGAUGGCAAAAGCUAAAAGCAAAGGAGAGGAAAAUCGAAGCAAGAAAAGCUUGCCCCAGAUUUCUCAUAACAAUAGUGUUAAAGACCCUCAGCCUGAUGCCAAAUUGUCUCAUUUGGAAAAUCAGCUAAGUCAGAGUGAAAGCCGACUCCGCGAGGCUGAAAGUAAACUAGAACGGCAUUGGAUUUUAGACAAUCACUUCAAAAAGAGCGACAGUCCUGUGACGGCCAGUGGCAAGGCUAGCCAUGAUGGCAGAAGUAGCGUCCACAAGGAAAGCAGCAGUGACAAAAACAGUCAGUCCGAGAAGCCGUCUUCACAGGAGAAAUCUAAAGAAAAACACCGGUUUUCUCAUAAACAUGACAAAUCAAAGUCUCAUCCAAAGCAGAAAUCGGAUGAGGAAGGAAGUCCAGCGAGCAAAAAACCUCGAACGGAAAAAUCCUCUACAAAUGGAGUUUCAACACCUAAAAGCACCAGCAGCAUCUUGGAGACAAGCCUGAUGGACACUACCGGAUCGGACCAGAUGAUUGCCAUCACACAGCUGCGAGAACAGCUAGAGGCUGUCAAGAAACAGCUGCAAGGCAAAGAUCAGCAGCUCAUGGAGAAAGAUAAAAAGAUUUCAGAGUUUAAGGCCGCUCAGUAUGAAAAUGAGAAACGUUUCCGAGUAAAGAUCAAUGACCUACAAAAGCAACAUUCCCAGGCACUGGAUACAGCACAGACAAAGAAUCGAGAGCUUCAACGACAGGUGGCUGCCCUGUCUAAGGGUAAAAAACUGACAGUGUCAGCCACUUCAAGCCCUUCAAUCCUGUAGUGUCUGUGAUAUUCCCCAUCAGACUAUAAAAACACUGCAAUGCUGACCACAUCAAGUUCUUACUUUCUGUAGUGUAAUGUUAAAAGGGUUACAUGAUUGCAGUGCUGGCAGCAUCGAUUUCUUUGGCUUUAAAGUCACAGGAAUUUUAGAAGGUGAGGUCUGGACUGUGGUGUGCGGUGUAUGGGGGACGUGUCGAGUCAUGCUCCCUAGAGAAAUAUAUUGAGUUUUUGUUUUUCUCGAGCAGGGGGGGUUUCGACCCCAGAACCCCCCUGCACAUGAUCCUGUUUGACACAUCGGAGGGGUGAAACAUUGCAGCGACUGUUGUAUCAAUUCCUUCAGCUCUAAAGACUCAUGGACCAGUGUUUUACAUGUCAAAGGGUUAACAGUUUGCUGUGAUGAUUGCUUCAAAACACUCCAGUCUUAGCUAUGUCUGUCCUUGUUUAACUCUUAUAUCACUAAUACAAGUUAGUAUGAGAGGAGCAAUUCACUGCUGCAACACUGGCUCUUUUAUCUAAUUAACAAGCUGGUAGUCUUUAAGACAGGAUACAUCACCUUUUUAAGACUAGAUACAUCACCUUCAGGGUAAAAAGGCACCGUCAGCUUCCUUUUCAGUCUGUCUCUACAUGUAAUUCAAACUGAAUUCGUUCAGUGACUCUUGAAUAAAAUGGUUAAAUUGACCAAUACUGAGCUGCAGUUAAGCAGUUUGUAAAUAUUAUUUCCCCAAAACUCAAAGAAGUGAUUGUCUGUUAAAUCUUAAACUACUGGUAUGUAUUUGAAAAUGUAUUAAAAAAAAAAAAAAAGCUCAGGAAUAUGGUUAUGUUUUAGUUCUUAAAACUGAGAAUUAAAAAAAGAAGAAAGCUUGAUAAUCCAUUAAGGAUGGAAGUUUGUAAUAACAUAUUUAAAGUGUGUGCCUUUCCACAAUGACAGCAGACUUUAAUAGAAUUAUAAUUCUGGUGAUCUAAAUGUACAGUUAGUAGUAUUGUUAUGUACAUAAUUAAUAUAUUCCAUGCACGACAUGGUAAGUAAAUCAUACUACACAUACAUUGAACAAUUAUUUGGUGCCAUAUAAUAAUAAAUGUAAAUACUAUACCGGGUACUGACAUUGAUCAACAAUUGAACUUAAGUGUUUUCAUUAUUUUUGAGUCGAUGACGAGGAACCAAUGAAAAAUUAAAUAUUUAUUGCGUGAGUUGUAUGCUCAUUCAGUUCUUACUGUGUCACUGGAGGAGGAUGUAUGUUUUCUGCCAGUUGGUGAACUUGGACACAAAAAAGGCUCUUAUUAAGAGUUUAGUUUUGUAUGGUAACCGUUGUUUGUAACUCAACACGGCUGUAGUUUUACGAUAUAGAAGGUAUGUUUUCCGGAUGCUCAACUUCCAUUAAAAAGUGCUUCUAGUUUAGUGUAUUGCCGGUGAAAAUCCAAACUCAUGUGUAAUAUUAUGUUGAGAUUUCUUUUUAUUUCAUACAAACUGUUUUGAUAAGCAUGGCCUGGGCCCCGUUUGACAAAGCAAUCGCAGCACUAAGAUAAUAUUUAAGUGCAUAAGGUAGUUAUGCUCUUAGGUGAUCAUAGCCAUAAGAUCGUUUUGUAAAGUGGGGCCCUGGAAACAUUGGUUACUGUAUCUGUAGGAUUUUGUAUUAGAUAUUUGCUUUAAACGUUUUAUUCAGAUUUUAAAAAUAAAGAGAAGUUUAUAAGAUGCAUUUACAUACUCCGGUACUACCUCUUGCCACAUACCUGAAAAUGGUCGUGACAGUGUACAUUCUCAUUGUAAUUUUUUGUGUUUUUUUUGUUGCCUUAUGAAUAUAUAUGAUUAGAACUAUGUUAGUACUAGUGUGAAAAAAUACUUAUUUACUUAAUAGUUAUUACUUUACAAGUCUUUUUUUUUUUUUUUUUUUUUUUUUUUUUUUUUAAUUU